AUGAGAGAAAUCGUUCACAUUCAAGUUGGGAAAUGUGGUAACCAAAUCGGAUCCAAGUUUUGGGAGGUUAUCUCUGACGAACAUGGGAUUGACCCAUGUGGCAACUACCACGGUGACUCCGAUCUGCAACUAGAACGUAUUAACGUAUUCUACAAUGAAGGACUAAAAUCAAAGUAUGUCCCUCGAGCAGUGCUCGUCGAUCUCGAACCUGGAACGAUGGAUGCUCUGCGAUCCGGAGUUUAUGGCCAACUUUAUCGCCCUGAUAAUAGCGUUUUCGGCGUUACUGGAGCAGGUAAUAACUGGGCUAAAGGAUAUUAUACCGAAGGGGCAGCUAUACUUGAAUCAGUUUUGGAUGUUGUAAGAAAAGAAGCAGAGGGCUGUGACUGUUUGCAAGGAUUCCAAGUCAUUCAUUCACUUGGAGGUGGUACUGGUUCUGGUCUGGGAACGUUACUGCUGACAAACUUAACUGAAGAGUAUCCAGAUAGGUUAACUGUGACCUAUUCCGUAGUUCCCAGUCCCAAAGUUUCAGAUACUGUCGUUGAACCGUAUAAUGCAACGUUAGCAGCAAACCAGCUCAUAGAAAAUUCAACACAAUCUUACUGCAUAGACAACGAGGCGUUGUAUGACAUUUGUUUCCGGACCUUGAGGUUAAAGACUCCAACGUAUGGAGAUUUAAAUCAUCUAGUAUCUGCAACCAUGUCUGGUGUUACUACUUGUCUGAGGUUUCCAGGACAAUUAAAUGCAGAUUUAAGGAAGCUGGCUGUUAAUAUGGUGCCAUUCCCAAGGUUGCAUUUCUUUAUGCCUGGCUUUGCACCGCUGACAUCCCGCGGUUGUCAGCAGUAUCGAGCCUUGACGGUGCCUGAAUUAACUCAUCAAAUGUUUGACGCUAAGAAUAUGAUGGCUGCUUGUAACCCGCGAUGUGGGAGAUACUUGACUGUUGCUGCAGUAUUCCGUGGUCGUAUGUCUAUGAAGGAGGUUGAUGAACAAAUGCUGAAUAUUCAAAAGAAAAACAAAGACUAUUUCGUUGAAUGGAUUCCGAACAAUGUAAAGACAGCUGUCUGUGACAUUCCUCCCAGAGGUCUUAAGAUGUCAGCCACGUUCAUUGGUAACACUACAGCUAUUCAAGAAUUAUUCAAGAGGAUUGCAGAACAAUUUACGUCAAUGUUUAGAAGAAAGGCUUUUCUCCAUUGGUAUAUUGGAGAAGGUAUGGAGGAGAAUGACUUUACAGAAGCAGACAAUAACCUCAGUGAUCUGAUAUCAGAGUACCAGCAGUAUCAAGAUGCUGUCAGUGGCGAUCAAGAUGGCGAAGAACAGGACACCGAAGAUGAGGAGACGCCCGGAGAUGCAUAA